CGCGUUCACCACCACACCAUGCGGGUCCUUUGUUUCACCUGUCUCUCAGCUAUUUCUAUCGAUCUUUGCCACAGCAAUCACCCAUGCGUUGACUCAACUGAUGACAACUUCUUCUCGUACAACGCCUGCUGUGAAAACGAGUGCUGCAACCGCUUGAGAUUUUGGGUGAUACCAGCCUGCAUCGCUACAGUUGGAUUUGUGAGUGGCGCCUUCUUCGCGCUUUGCUUCCAGUGUCGAUGA